AUUUGUUUAUUACUUUAUAUAGUAAAAAAAGCGAAUUUACUUGCAUGGAAUAUAUUUCCUUUACAUUUCUCCACCAAGCUGUCCGUGGGAUGUCUUAGUCUUCAGUGAACGCACGGAAACUCAAAAAUGCCAGCAAACUCCUCAUAUGACAAGUUUGGGGGGCAGCCAAAGACGUCCGAGAUUAUCUGGGCAACACUUUAUUUUGUUGGUUCGAUUACAGUAUUUGUAGCUAAUGUUUUGACUGUCAUCACAUUUCUGGUAAAUCGCCAUUUAUUAAAGAGAAGUAUGUACUGUCUUGUCAAUCUUGCCGUGGCAGACAUGGUAGUAGGUCUGGGUACUUUAAUCUCCAAUACUGUAGUCUUAGUUCUCUUCGGAAUCAAAGCCUUGGUUGACAAGAAUUUUUUAUACCACAGAAGCACAGCAGUAGUAAUCCAAACGUCAGUUUAUAAUUUCACUAUGGGCGCUACUAUGCUUUCGCUAAUCAUUGUAGCAUUCGAGCGAAUGUUGGCAACUCUUUGGCCGUUGCGUCACCGCACGCUGAAAUCGUCUGUUUACAUGUGGUUUGUUCUGUCACCAUGGAUAUGCGCCCUUACGAUUGCCAUGAGUUCAUCGUUGAAUAAUCCACAAAACAAGAGAAAUUAUUUAGGAAGUCCAUGGAUAAUUUUAAAAACGCUUAUCUUGUGCACAACUUACAUUACAAUAUACAUUAAAUUCAAGUCUCGUAAAACGCAGCCGCAGUUUAAUGCCCAGCGGUUACCUCGACAGGAGAAAAGACUGGUGGCUACUGUCCUAUUGGUGACCAUAGCUUCAAUCUGUACCUGGACACCAAUGGGGUUGGUACUUUUAAUCCGUGAUAUUGAUAUGUUUCCAGUCCCUUACCAAGCACACUUCGGCGCAGUUUCUCUUCUGAUGAUGAAUUCACUAGUUAACCCUGUAAUCUAUGUAUUUAGGAUGAAAGGUUUCAGGAUAGCUCUUCACGAGUUGGUAUGUCGAUGUUUUCCAGAAAGYCGACCACACGAAGUAAACCGUGUUGAAAUGUCUGUUUUUGGACCAAGUAGGUACAAUAUUACUAUUAGUGAUCAAAUAAAAAGUAUAUAUAUGCCAACCAUUCACUAAAUGGCACCUUGGACAGCUGUGCAAAAUACCAGGAAGUCCA